AGAGGCUGCAGGAUGGGCGCGCCGCGGCGAGGACCGCCCGCGCGCAAGAAGCUGCGCAUGCUUGCCGCGGCGGGCUUGGCGGUCGCGUGGUGGUUCGCGUCCACGGACCCGCUCUGCCUGACGGAGGCGGAGUCCGCGGCCGCGUACUACAAGGACCACAUCCGGGACUUCUCGAACAAGGCGGACUUUCGCGGCGUCGAGCGGCUCCUCGCCGUCGCGAGGACCGCGGGCCUCUGCGCCGACGCGGCGCGGGCGAUCCUCGUGGCCGGCGUGAACGAGGGCCAGCUGUCGGACGUCGUCCUCCGGAGCUGCCGCGGCGCGGCCUUCCACGGCUUCGAGAUCCAGCGCGACGUCUUCCGGCGCGCGCGGCUGCGCCUCCGGCGGGACCACGGCGCCGCGCGCGUCGCGAUGCACCGCGCCGCGUGGUCCGACGCGGCCGCGGCGAAGGUGGCCUACAGCGGCGAGGGCGAGACGGCGUCGCUGUUCGUUCCGGACGAGCGGGGCCGCUUCGGCGACUGGGCGCGGCACGCCGCCGACGGCGUCGCGACGGUGCCGCUCGCGGACGUCGCGGACCGGCUCGCGAACAGCUCGAUCCUGUACGUGGUCGUCGACGUCGAGGGCCACGAGCCCAAAGUCCUGCGGGGCAUGCAUCUGGAACGGGGCUACGCGAAGCGAUUCCCGCUGUUCCAGUACGAGCUGGGCGGGACCUGGGGCCACCACGACCCGCGGCACAACAAUGACUGGACGCAGGGCCGGGCGGCGGGCUACCUGCAAGACGCCGGCUACGAGCUCUACCUCGUCGCGACGACGGGGUGGCUCCGCGUCACCCCCGACUUCUUCCCGGCGGCGAGCUUUUUGAACGGGGGCGACGGCUGCUGCGCCAACGGCAACGUGCUGGCGGUCCAUCCGGACCACGCGCCGCCGCCGAUCGUCGCCGCCGUCCGCGCCGCGGCCGCGACGCACGCGCUCGCGUUCGCGGCCCGCCCCCGCGCCUGCCGCCGCCUCCGCGCCGCGCACGCGCAGGUCGCGGCGUGGUGCCGCGCCCAGCCCUCGCCGGCGCGCUGCCUCGCGCAGUGCCGCGAGGAGCGAUGA